CCCUGGGACUCGGGGCGGGACGCAGAACCGAGACGGGUGGGGUCUCCGAGCCGGAGCCGAUAGAAGGAGGAGCUCAGCGGUCAGGGGUGGAGCUAGGACGGCUGGGGGGCGGAGCCUGGCUCUUGGAGGAGGAGCUGGAACAGGCGGAAGGCGGAGCCUCGGGUUUGGAGACCGAGGGAGCCCAGGCCCUGGGGGCGGGGCUUCAGCCUGUGAGUAGCGUGGCUCCAGUUCAGGAAAAGGGGUCUAGCUCUGCCGAAGGCGGGGCUGCAGGGCCGGGGGCGGAACUACGCUCUCUGAGGGGCGGAGCCAAGGAGACAGGCGAAGGGCUAAGUCCGAGUAAUGGCUCCGGGCGUCCACGCGGGGGCGGUCUCCGUGGUGGCCGGGCCUGGGGACGCAGUAGGCCGAGAACUCCGCCAGGAGAGGUGGUGUGGGUGGAGCGGGCUCGGCAGCCUGCCGACUCGGGGCCAGUGUGGGUGCCCCGUAGGCCCCCGAGGGCUCAGAGCUGGGGCGGCGCCCCGGGCGGAGGCGCAGGGCCGGGCUGGGGAGUACCUCCGGAAGACCGAGGCUCCCCGGAGCCGCCUAGCGGGGAUGUGUGGGUACCUCGGGACCGACCCCCUCCAGCGGCCGCAGAGGUGUGGGUGUGCUGGGCAGGUGGCAGCUGGAGACAUGAGGCUGAGCUGGGUCCUGACAGUAAUGUCCAUCUGCCUGAGCGCCCUGGCCACGGCCACGGGAGCCGAGGGCAAACGGAAGCUGCAGAUCGGGGUCAAGAAACGGGUGGACCACUGUCCUAUCAAAUCUCGAAAGGGAGAUGUCUUGCACAUGCACUACACGGGGAAGCUGGAAGAUGGAACAGAGUUUGACAGCAGCCUGCCUCAGAACCAGCCCUUUGUCUUCUCCCUGGGCACCGGCCAGGUCAUCAAGGGCUGGGACCAGGGGCUGCUGGGGAUGUGUGAGGGGGAAAAGCGGAAGCUGGUGAUCCCAUCUGAGCUGGGGUAUGGAGAGCGGGGAGCUCCCCCAAAGAUCCCAGGUGGUGCAACCCUGGUGUUUGAGGUGGAGCUGCUGAAGAUCGAGCGUCGUUCAGAACUGUAGGAGCUGCUCAGAGGUGCAGGGGGGCAUCAGGGACCAGACUGUUUAAAAAACAAAAACCUUAAAA